ACCCCCUUUCUUUCUCUCCCUUCUCUCUCCUUUCAACAUCAAAACCCUUAAAAACCUCUCUGAAAGAAAAGUUUUGAUUUCUCUCUCUCCAUUUCUUUUGAGAUCGUUCUAUCAAUCAUUCCAACAAUACUUUUUGAAUCCAUUUAAAAUAACAAAGUAAUUUAAAAGUAAGAUAAGAUGUCGUUGAGGCCGAGCGCUAGAACCGAGGUUCGAAGGAACAGAUACAAAGUGGCGGUGGAUGCGGAGGAAGGUCGCCGUAGGCGAGAAGAUAACAUGGUCGAGAUCCGUAAAAAUCGGCGUGAGGAGAGUUUACAGAAGAAGAGACGUGAAGGACUUCAAGCUCAGCCUAUGCCAGCUUCUCUUCACUCCUCGGCCGUCGAGAAGAAGUUGGAGCAUCUACCAUCUAUGGUUGCCGGUGUUUGGUCUGAUGAUAGUAACCUGCAGCUUGAGGCAACCACUCAAUUUAGAAAAUUGCUUUCAAUCGAGCGCAGCCCUCCAAUUGAGGAAGUCAUACAAGCUGGUGUUGUUCCUCGCUUUGUUGAGUUUCUUAUGAGGGAGGACUUUCCGCAGCUUCAGUUUGAAGCAGCUUGGGCUCUGACAAACAUUGCCUCUGGGACAUCUGAGAAUACGAGGGUGGUAAUUGAUCAUGGAGCUGUCCCUAUAUUUGUAAAGCUUCUUGCUUCUCCAAGUGAUGAUGUUCGUGAACAGGCUGUUUGGGCACUGGGAAAUGUUGCUGGUGAUUCUCCUAAAUGUCGUGAUCUGGUCCUUGGCAAUGGAGCAUUGCUUCCUUUACUGGCACAGUUGAAUGAGCAUGCUAAACUUUCUAUGCUGAGGAAUGCUACAUGGACACUCUCAAACUUUUGCCGAGGCAAGCCACAACCAUUUUUUGAGCAGGUUAAGCCUGCACUUCCAGCCCUUGCACGUCUAAUUCAUUCUAAUGAUGAAGAAGUUUUGACUGAUGCAUGUUGGGCGCUCUCGUAUCUUUCUGAUGGCACCAAUGACAAAAUUCAAGCUGUUAUUGAAGCAGGAGUGUGCCCUCGGCUAGUUGAACUUUUACUGCACCCAUCUCCAUCAGUUCUCAUUCCUGCCCUUCGCACUGUUGGGAAUAUUGUCACUGGCGAUGAUAUGCAGACACAGUGUAUUAUCAAUCAUCAAGCACUGCCCUGCCUUCUGAAUUUGUUGACAAAUAACUAUAAAAAGAGUAUCAAGAAGGAAGCUUGUUGGACCAUCUCUAAUAUAACAGCUGGCAACAAGGAGCAGAUUCAGGCUGUAAUUGAGGCAAAUAUUAUUGGUCCAUUGGUUCAUUUGCUUGAAAAUGCUGAAUUCGACAUUAAGAAAGAGGCUGCUUGGGCGAUCUCAAAUGCUACAUCUGGUGGUACUCAUGAUCAAAUCAAAUAUCUUGUUAGCCAAGGGUGCAUCAAGCCCUUGUGUGACCUUCUCAUCUGCCCUGAUCCAAGGAUUGUGACUGUCUGCUUAGAAGGUCUGGAAAACAUAUUGAAGGUAGGGGAAGCUGACAAGAAUUUGGGCAACAAUGAUGGUGGUGUAAAUCUAUACGCGCAAAUGAUUGAUGAUGCUGAGGGGUUGGAGAAAAUUGAGAAUCUACAGUCACAUGACAAUAUAGAAAUUUAUGAGAAGGCUGUGAAGAUUCUUGAGACAUAUUGGUUGGAAGAGGAGGAUGAGACCAUGCCUCCAGGAGAUGCUUCACAAUCUGGGUUCCAAUUUGGAGGGAGUGAUAUGCCUACUAUUCCCUCUGGUGGAUUUAAUUUCAGCUAAAUGGGUUUACAGGUUCAAUAUGGAGGUCCUUGUGCAACGUGGCAGACAGUUUUCAACUUCAGGUCAGGUGUCUUGUUGUCAUGUUUGGGUCUUACCAGGUUCAGUCUAGAGUUCGGUUGAGAGGCAGCUGGCCUGGUUUGGGUUUUUGCUAUGGCGGGUUGAUAUGGUAUGGAGAGACGAUGGAUGGGUCACAUUAGCUACUAUAAUCUGAGAAACCCACGAUGAUGCUGGUUUGUCAGGGUGGUUGUUCUUGGAGGUUGGGAUCUCAUAAAAGAACAGACGUGGAAUGGAGUAUUUUUGAAUGUGGUAGUGGGUCUUAGUAGCGUCUCUGCAUUGCCUUCUCCAGAGUUUUGUCAGAUUUUGGCACUCCCAAAAUCCUUAUAGUGGUGUGCUUGUACUUAUUAGGUAUAUUGAAAUUAUAUUUAUAUAUAUAUUAUAUAUAUAUUGAAUGUAUCGAGUCGGGUGCAAUGAUUUUCUGUCUACAGUCGACAUUCUACUAGAACAUGUAAGUUGUUUUUGCACGGUAUAUACAGUGUAAGGGUUUCUCAUGUGAAAGGGAAAAGUAGAGAUGUUACUAUUUUUGCA